GGGCUCUUUCAUGUUGUAAAAGCUCCCAGACGCAGAUACAAACAUGCCAUUACCCAAUUUUUGUUUGUGUGUAUGAAUAUGUGUGUGUGUGUGCAACACACUAUUAACUACCCUGGAAUCCUCUCAAGAUCGCAAAAAACAUCUGCAUAGGCACAAAAAUGAAGCCCAGUUCUUUAACAGAGGGGCGUUUAAAAGACUGAAUGAGACCAUGAAAAAGAAAGAAAGAGAGAGAGAGGAGGAAAAAAGAAACCAGAUUGCGACAGUCGAUAUUAAAACAUGCAGUGAGUGAGAGAGAAAGAGAGAGAGAGGAAGAGGGAAAAGCGAGCUGCAGGCCUUUCCACGGGGACAAACUAGCAGAAAGGCAUCUCACAGUUAUUUCUUUCUCUUUACUCUCUCUCUCUCUCUCUCUUGCUCUCUCUCUUUCUCGCUCAACAUCCUAACGCCAAUUGAUUUGUGUAUGAAAAGCUGGGCGCUUUUCGCCCCCCUUUCGGGCUGUGCGUUUUGAGUGAUCAGCUGAUGAAGAGACUGGCUGCGCGCUGCAAUGCUGGUUUGCUAAUUCUCUUUCCUCCAGACUGGAGCCAGCCUAGAGACCACAGUCAGUACGACUCCUCACAAUUCCCAUGGACUUUAUCUUCUCCUCAGUCUCAGGCUAUCCAAAACAGACUGACUGAGGUUAUGGAGGAGGAAAGCAACUUGAAGAAACGAAAAAGCGAUAAUCAAGGCAACCAAGUUUCUGAGACUGGUCAGGAGGUGGUGGUGGAGAAGGUGAAAAAACGACGGGGUCGCCCUCCUGCUGAAAAGCUACCCCCCAACCCUCCCAAACUCACGAAACAAAUGAACACUAUUGUGGAUAUGGUCAUCAAUUACAAGGACACGUUGGGCCGACAGAUCAGUAAAGGUUUCGUCCAGCUGCCUUCAAGGAAAGAAGUGCCAGAGUAUUAUGAGCUCAUCCGGAAGCCAGUGGACUUCAGGAGGAUCAGGGAGAGGGUUCGUAAUCACAAAUACAGGUGCAUUGCAGACCUGGAAAAGGAUUUUAUGCUGAUGUGCCACAAUGCUCAGAUGUUUAAUCUGGAAGGAUCUCAGAUCUUUGAGGACUCCGUUGUUUUGAAGUCUGUUUUUGAAAGUGCAAGACAGCGGAUAGUUGAACUUACCGAGGAAGACAAUGAUGCUGUUGGAGGCAGUGAAGCAGAUGGCGGCGAUCACUUAAAUCUAGAGGCUCCUAUUUCAGAGACUGCAAAUCCUAAGAUGGUGGAAAAACGGGAGAGAAAUGCAACUGGUCCGAGUAUCUCCAGCCCAAAGGUGACAAACAGUAUUGAUAACAGUGGAAAAGAGUGUGAGAUCAACACACGAGGACUAUUGAAUUAGACCUCCAAAUGAAAGCCUUUACUUUGUAUGCCAUUUGUAUAAGACUUUUGCGUACCCAUUUACAGUAAGUUUUGCCCAAGGAUUAUAACAACCUUGAUAUUCUCACAGCAACAUUGUUACUGCAGUGAUACACAUCUGCGACUUGCAUUGUUUUCAUGUGUUUUUAAAAUGUAAAUAAGCCUAUACACAUACAUAAACCCAGAAUGAACAAAUAUUAUGGUUAAGAUACGAAAGGCCUGUUAGACUGCCUACCAAUGUUCUUUUUUUAAAGUACUGAAAAGUCGUGGUUCAUCAUACUGUAUUACGGUAUUGUAUAAUAUUAUAAACAUAUCCAUUCAGUCUUUCAAGAUGGGAUAAGCUGUGCUAAAUUUGCAAUUACGUCUCUAUUUCAGAGAGUUUUUAACAGUGAUUUUUGUGACUAUGAGCACUUUGUCACCCCUCUUUUUGUACGUACUCAUUUCUUUCAUUAACUGUUAAUAUCUAAAAAAGCUAAAGAUUUUUUUAAAUUCAUAGCUCCUUGUUAUUCUUUAGUCAUCACAAUGUUUUAGCUAUAGAUAGAGGAGCUUGAAGCAUGAUGGAGAUGUGUUUUUGGUUACUGCCCUCAACGAGAGGCACCUACUGAUGAUGUUGUCAAGUUUGUAUGUUUGUGAUGGAUGGGAGGGGUGGUGUGUUUGUGGACAAAAAUGUAAAGGAUUUUGACUUUAAAGUUUCUGAAGUUUGUAUAAUGUUAAAGGACAACAUGGUCUGAUUCGUCGUCUUGAAAAUAAACAUUUCUAUGAAAUCUCAA